CGCAAAUCUCGAUACGAUGUUUGGCGAGGCUUGGACAUGCCAUGGUCGUCAGGGGUGCUACGCAGGGCUGUCAUGGAGGGGCAAUGAGGUCUACCCCGCAAUUUGAGGACCCUGCAAUGAGAGCCGCGCUCAACACCACACACCGUGCAAAGUGUUCAGAAAAGCAGAAGGGCGUCGCACGGCGGUUGAGAUGAUGUUGAGUCAUUGCAAUCGUGGAAGGGCGUUGUUCGACUCACAACCGGAUGAUCUAUGCCGAUGAAGGAAGGUGCAGACGAGGCAUUCCAUCAGCCACAUCACCUCAAGAUCUAGGGCACCUGCAUUACGAGAACAUCAACCACAAGAAACAUCGAUCGACAUCCUCAGGAUUUCAUGUUACCACCGCCAACAUGGUUCUCGAGCUCCAUCCCUGCACCGAAGCCGACCUCCCAGAGUUCGUCCGGAUCCAAAUCGCCGCCUUCGGCACUGGCGGCGGCAUGACACAGUUCAUGGUCGAGCACCCACCUUCAGAAGCCUACAUCAACAAGUCCAUUGACAAGCACAUCAAAUCGUUCCGCGAAGAGAAGGAUGUUACCUACCUCAAGGUCAUCGACACCGAGCUGGAUGGUCAGAUGAUCGCUGGCGCCAAGUGGCGCAUCAACCACAAGGAGCGCAAAGAGGAGGAGAUACAGUCCAUGCUGCCGGUGCCGGGUGCAGAUGAGGAGGGCAAGCUGGCGAUGAUCGACUUCAUGUGGUACCUGAAUAGGGCCAGGAAGGAAUUCAUGGGUACCAAGCCGUUCUACUUCUUGCACAUCCUCAUCACGGACCCAGCUUACCACCGCCGCGGUGCCGGCGCUCAGCUCAUCAACUGGGGUACCUCGCAAGCUGACGCUGCUCAACUACCGUGUUUCCUGGAAUCCUCAGCCAUGGGCCGGCCGUUGUACGCUAGGUGCGGCUUCACGCCUCGACACGAGCAGGUGUGGGAUCUGACAAAAUAUGGAAGCGAGGGCGAAGAUAUCAACACGGUCAUGAUCAGGGAUCCUGUGAAGGCUUGGUGAAGGACAGGUGUGGCGAUGGAUGUCAAUGAAGAGCGGGCGAUGAUUGGUCUGAGAGGGAUGCUAGAGUCUUUUAUGAAGAUAUCAAAACCGCCGUAUCACAGGUCUUUCAGGUAACGCGC